AAAANAAAAAAAAAAAAACGAGCUGAGAAUGUACAAUGGGGGAAAGACUGUCUCUUCAGUAACUGAUGUUAGGAGAACGAGGCCGCGACCUGCAGAAAGCAUGAAACCACCUUCUCACAGCUCACAUAAAAGUCAGCUCUGUGGGUUACAUCCCCACGUGUAAGAUUUGAAACCAUACACUUCUUAGGACAAAAUAGAGGCAUUAAACUCAUGGACAUCGGCCUCAGCUAUGUUUUUGUGGAAUUAUCCCUUCAGUCCAGGGAAACAAAAGGAAAAAUAUAAAAUGGGGCAGAGGAACAUAAUAGACAUUUUCCCAAAGAAGAUACACAGAUGGCCACUUAGGCAGGUGAGAAGCUGCCCAAUGUCACUAGUCAUCAGGGACGUGGAAAUCAAAACCACAGUGCAAUAUCACCUCACAGCAGCCAGAACUGCUGGUGUCAAAAGGAAGAAGUAACAAGUGUUGGUGAGAAUGUGGAGAAAAGGAAACUCAUCUUUGCUGGUGGGAAGGUAUGUUGGUGCAGCCACGGUGAGGGAAAAAGUAUGGAGUUUCCACAAAACAGUAAACACAGACCAUAUGGUCCUUAAUUCGAUUUCUGGGUAGUUCACCUUAGGAAAAAACUAACACGAAAAGGUAUGUACGUGACCACGUUCACUGUGCUGUUCGUUACAAUACUCAACAUACGGAAGGAACCCACGUGUCCAUAGACAGAUGAAUGGAUAAUGAAGAUGUAUGACUACACACAAGGGACGGUUGCUCAGCCAUAUAAAAAGGAUAAAGUCUUGCCAUUUGUGACAACAUGGAUGGACCUAGGGGGUAUUCUUCCAAGUAAAUAAGUUGGAGAGAAAGACAAACACCAUAUUUUAUUUGUUUGUGUAAUCUAAGUAACAAAAUGAACGAGCAAUAAAAGGAAAACAGAGACUUUAAAGUAUAGAGAACAAAUCGGUGUUUACGAGAUUGGAAGGGGAAGGAGGGAUGGGUGAAACAGAUGAAGGGGACUAGCCGUACAGAGCUGCACCUGUUAAAUAUCAUGGGGGUGGUGCCUCGCUGGAUCUCACCCGCUCUGCCCCUCCCCACCCCGGGUACUCCCUGGCUCUCUCUCAACAUAAUAAGUAAAUAAGUCUUAAGUCAUGGGAAUGAAAAGUACAGCAGAGGGAAUAUGGUCAAUAAUACUGUAGUAGUUUUUUAUAGUGACAGUUGGUAAUUACACUUAGUGUGGUGGGCAUUUGUAAUGUAUAUAAUUGUCAAAUCACUAUGUUGUACACCUGACACUAAUAUUAUAGGUCAAUAUACUCCCACUAAAAAGAAAAAAAAAAAAAGAAAAGAAGCCCACACUCACCAUCGUCAAAGAAGUUGAACACUAAAUUUGUCCCAGUCAGGAUAGAAGGAGCACAUCGAGGCCUCAGUGGAGUGUUUCGCAGAAUGAGCUACCCAGUGGAGAGAAAACAGGCCUAUUUGCAAGAAAUGAUUCGUGUUCUGUUUUUGGAGAAAACUGGAAAUUUCAUAGCAGCGGAGAUCAGACCCAGACCCAGGAAGGGCAUUUGAGAAGUCAUUGGGCGGAGCCUGUCUGUGAGAGCAAUGAAGGUAAUCCGUGCGGAGAAACCGUAAACCAGACUACAGGUCUUACUGUGCUUGAGGAUUGUCCUGCUGGAGACAAAUCCUGUGAAUGUGCUAAGUGUAGGGAAGCCUUCAGAGAUGGUUCUUUCCCUGAGAAUCCAGGAACAUCUCAGCCUGGACACAAACCUAGUCCCUGUGCGGAAUGUGGGCCGGCCUGGCUGUGUCUUGAGCCACAGCCCUCAUGUUGACAUAGACCUUGUAGGGAAACCCUACGAACACCAGGACACUGGGACAGCGUCAAAGACAGACUUGAGUCUCGAUAGUAAAAUAUCUUUAGAGGGCAGGAAAUGUGGAGAAGCUUUCACUCACACCUCAUCCUUUCAGGGUGAUGUGCAAGGUCACUGUGGACAGAGUGUCCAUGUGUGUGACGUGUGUGGAAAAGCCUUUACAUAUAAUUCCGAUCUUACACAUGAUGUGAGAGCUCACAGUGGAGUGAAACCCAGUAAUUGUACAGACUGUGGGAAAGCCUACAUUUCCCUCUCAUACUCUCAAGAUUACUCAAGUAAUCAAACUGAGAAACGAAUUUUUGGAUGUGGGCAGUGUGGGAAAGCCUUCAGUCGUCAGGCCUACCUUCUAGUACAUGUGAGGACACACACUGGGGAGAGACCCUAUGAAUGUCCGCAAUGUGAGAAGACCUUCACAGAUGGUGGAAAUCUGCGAGAACAUGUGAGAACACACACGGGGGAGAGGCCAUAUGAAUGUCAGCAGUGUGGGAAGACCUUCAAGUAUAACUCAGGCCUCCGAGCACAUAUGAGGGCACACAAUGGGGAGAGACCCUAUAAAUGUCAGCACUGUGGGAAAGCCUUCACUGGUCACUAUUCCCUUCUAGUACAUGUGAGAACACACACAGGGGAAAGGCCCUAUGAAUGUGUGGAGUGUGGGAAAACUUUCCGGAAGUGUGAACAUUUUACCCGUCACCUGACCACGCACAGUACAGUAAAACCCUUUGAAUGUAAGGAGUGUGACAGAGCCUUCCGGGAUCGCACAGACCUUCGAAUACAUAUGAGGAGACACACUGGGGAAAGACCCUAUGAAUGUCAUCAAUGUGGGAAAUCCUUCAUACAUCUUGGAAAUCUGCAAGGACAUGUGAGAACGCACACAGGGGAGAGACCGUAUCAAUGUGAGCACUGUGGGAAGACCUUCAGGUAUAACUCAGACCUGCGAGAACACAUGAGGACGCACACUGGGGAGAGACCUUAUAAAUGUCCGCAGUGUGGGAAAGCCUUCAUUCGUCGCUACGCCCUUCUGGUACAUGUGAGAAGACAUACAGAGGGUGGACACGUGGAAUGUAAAGAGUGUGGGAAAGCAUACAAGUUUUCCUCAUCCCUUCGAGCGCAUAUGAAGAAACACGCUGGGGAGAGACCUUCACUAGUUGCCGCUCCCUUCAAGAACACGUGAGAAAUCACAGUGGACAGUAUCCCUUUGAAUCUAAGGACUCUGGUAAGACUUUCUAGUGUCCCAUACACCUGCAGGUACGUGUGAUGACACGGGGCAGAACUGUGUGAAUGUCCACACCCUGGAAAAGCCUUCAGUUGUCCCUCUUCCUUUUGAGGACGCGUGUGAAAGCACCGUGAUGUGAAACCCUGUGAAGUUAAGAAUCGUGGAAAUGCCUUCAGUUAUCUCAUCCGUCUGGGAGCACAGACACAAUGUGGGAAAGCACUUAAUACUCCCUAUAAAUGGUUUUUAAAAUGCAAGCCAAUACACUAGAGAUGAGCCUGAAUGGACACAAUUUUAGGAAAACUUCCAGUAUUUAACUUCAUGUGUUUUGUUCAUGAAAAUUCUGACAGGACAGAGAUCGUUUCAUUGUUAUAAACAUGGCGUUGUUUUUGCAAGUGCCUCUUCCUUAAUAGAGACGCGAAGUGUCCUAAUUCCUAGUUCAUGUCACUGAUAUGAACACUAAUCCUGGUAAGUGUCCUCCUUUGUCCUCUACAUCUGUACAACAUACACUUUGUUAUCUCAGACUUGAAGGAAUCACGUGGUUACGUAUAACAUGUCUUUUUUCCAUUACAAUGUCUCUUGGACCCAGAGGUGAUAAGAAUCUGUCUGUUUGGGGCAGGAGGAAGAUACAUACAACUUCAUAUAAUUUUAGAAAAGGAUUUCUUGGAUUAUACAUUCCAAAAUGUUCCUAGUGUAUGAUCAUGACAUGAAACUUGUACUGUUGAACGUUCUUUUCUGUUGUGUGUUGUGGAUACUGGCAUUUCCUGAUUCUGUAUUACCUCUUCUUUUCAGUCUUCAGUAUUGAAAGCUAUAUUUUCAGGGGGCCUGGGUGACACAGUUGGUUAAUGUAUCCAACUCUUUGGUUUCAGCUCAGAUCGUGAUCUCAGGGUUGUGAGAUCGAGCCCCACAUCAGCUUCGUGCUCAGCUCGGAGUAUGCUUGAGAUUCUCUCUUCCUCUCCCUCUGCCCCCUCCCCCCCAAAAUAAAUAAAUAAAUCUUAAAAAAGAAAGAUAUUUUCACUUCAGUUCUCUCUUUUCAUUGAAUGAAUAAUUGUUAAAAUUCUCAUAUUGGGGGGGCGCCUAGGUGGCUUAGUCGUUAAGCGUCUGCCUUCGGCUCAGGGCGUGAUCCCAGCAUUCUGGGAUCGAACCCCACAUCAGGCUGCUCUGCUGGGAGCCU